ACGCGUGGCCAAACAGCAGUCAGUCUGUAAGAGGGAAAGAGACGGGAUUCUGAGAGAAACGAGGAAAAAUACAGAGAACUCUCGCUACUUUGACACCGGAAGGUCAGAAGAACCAAAAGCCACUCAAUGUGGAUCCAGGAGCAGCACAGUGGACGUGUCUUCUCCAGAAGGCCGCAGUCUCAGAGUGGACAGCAAAGCUACCCUCGUCCCUUCCACCAUGACCGCCGCUCUGGGAGAUGUGUCUUCAACAACGGCUGGCUGUCCAGCUCACGAGGCUGGACUCAGGAGAGCAAGGCUCCUUCCUGCUACUUCUCCUUCGUCAGCAGAGCCGUGCUGUGGAACAGAGGAACCCACCAUCAUACGGACGUCCUCCACAAGCAGGGACCUCCGCCCCCGUGUUCACGGUUUGAGGCUCAUAUGAGGGCCCAUCCUGGACCAGCCAGGCCCCCAUGUUUCCUGAGCAGGCUACCCCAACCAAGACUCCCUCAGCUACUGCACAAAGGGAAGCCCGUCAGUGCACCAAGAGCAGUAACUAGGACCGAAACCCAGAGACGCUUGCAGUGCCUGAGCGAUUACACUAGGAGGCACUUCACUGAGGCACUUCCCAGCGUUCCAGCAUCUCCCAACCCAAGCGUAGCCUCUCCAGACCCUCCCUUCUGCCCAACACCACCUGCCCAUUCAGGGACAAACCUAGAAGAGUCCCUGUAUGUCUCUUCUAGCCCAUCUACCCCUACAAGGCAUGAAAAAGACACUGAAGUUCCUUUGGCAGGACUUUCCUCUCCCCAUCUUGACUGUGAGGACUAUGAAGAGCCUGAAGGUGAAAUGGUGACCCCACUGACAAUGACUCCUGAACCCCCAGCAACCCCGAGGACUCUGAGUUCUCUUUCUGACUUCAGUCGUCCUGCAUCCAGUCAGUUCAGCUUUAGAACUGACCUAAGCAGCACCCUUUCCAGUGCACACUCAGUGAACCUGAGUGAUGCUGACACUGACAAUGAUGGCGAUGUUGGAGAUAAAGGCAAUGAUGAAAACAGCAAUGACCUAGAGGCCUGCUCUUCCUCCCUGUCCGAGCUUCGCUUCAGCUCAUUCAUAGGCUCAGCCUUGGCCUCCUGCACCCCACCGAUAUCUCCUGAAUGUUCUUUUUCCAGACCACUCACCUCUCACAGCCCAGAAACGUCAUCCACCUGCUUUCCAGACAUCUCAAAGUAUGACCAUAUAAUCCAUGGCCCAAACCCUCCACUGAGACAAGCCAGUAUAGACAAAGCUUCAAGCCCAACAACCAGAAUGGCACCUGCUUCUCCAGUGGAGGCUUGUUCUGAUUGGAGCACCUUCCACUGGCCAGUACUUCCACCAAUCGCAUCUCAGAGGGGUGACACAGAGACGGGAGCAUCUCUCAGCUCCCCGUUCAGCCGUUCUGAGUCAGACAUGUUCGCUGAGCUGGAGGCUGUGGCCCCCAGGACUGGGUCCUGUCUGUCUCGGGACCACCCUGACUGCAGCGACACCGAUCCCACCUCACCUACCACAGAUGUGAGUCCUGGUUUGGCUGCGCUGACCGUUGGCUGUGAUUCAGGUGACCUGGGCUCGCUGUCCCGUGUCCAGCUCCUACUACUGGAGCGCAGAGCGUCAGAGGAGGAGCCGGAAUCCCCCCUGAGGCUGGACUGGAGCAGCCCGCUGGGGCAAAGGGCCCAUCAUGAAGCUGGCCUUCAAGUGUGGAGUGUGGGCAUUCCCCAACAUUAUCAGUCCACAGAAACCUACACACCAGUAAGCUGGAUUGAGAGAAAUAUGUCACCAAGGCUCGUCCCAGUUGGUGGAGAGGGCAGCCAGACUGGAAGUCCAGUGCACACCUACGCUGAAGACAUCUCCAGAUCUUCUUCCCCCUGGUCUCCGAGCUCGAGUGUUGGCACUGACAGCUGUGUUUCGAGGCAGAGUGACACUUCUGAGAAAAAAGGCUGGGAAGAGUCGCAGGGGAGCGAUCUCGUCUGCCAGAGCCCUCUAGGCCUGAGCGCUGAGCCAGCAGAAUCCAAAGAAGACCCAGCAGCAGCAGUGAUGGAGGCCACCGCUCAGAAGAUGGCUUGCCCGGCAAGAAGGGAGAUACCUUGGACGGGCCGAAGAGGCCGUAACCAACUCAAAGACAGGAGGAGGAGACGUCAGAGGAAGGAGCUUGGGGAGAAGGGAGAGGAGCGCAAGACCAAGGCACUGCAGAUUUACUCCAAGCUGCAGGAAGGAAACGAGGCAGCUCAGCCCAGCAAGUCAAGUAGUUGCUCCAGGUUUGAGGACUUUGAUUUUUUGGCCAAGUAUUGCAUUAUUAAUCCAGAGAAGCUUACAGUCUACAAAAGUGCUUUUGAAGCGGUGGACAGUGAUGGCGAUGGUUAUCUCUCCUGUUUCCAAGUGCUCCUGGCGCUGAAAGAGGUCAUCCCUCCAGAACUGCUGACCGAAGAGGAAGAAAUCUACGUGUACAGGAUUCUGGAGCUGGUUGAUUUCAGAGUGACGGAGGGCCUGACAGAUUUGCGCCUGUUUGCUGUGGUAGCCGGUCUGGCCCAGAAAAUAGCCACAUUAGAUGAUUUCAUGCGUUCCCUCAUCAGCAAGAUGGACUUCAAAUCUUUGGAGAUGAAGCUGUACAAAGCCAAGCAAUUGUUCCUGUUCUUGCUGGAGGGACAGGCAGGGGGCACCGUGACGACUCAGGGCUGCAUCAGCGCUGAACAGCUCCUGGUGGAGUUAAAGGCGGGAGGAAUCCGACAGGAGCACGAAGAAGCAGUCAGGCGGGAACUCCGCAGCCUUCGCUCUCUUGACCUGCUGGACUUCCUGGCCCACCUGCCCCUCUUCAUCCUCAUCCACAACUCCGUCAUCGCCAACCCACUGGACGACUCCAGCAACCUCUGACAAAGAGGCUGAUCCUAGAAACUGAAGCUGUGUCUCAAAUCACAUACCUCUGAAGAAAAGUAGCCACUUUAAAGGCACCUUGAAGCGGGGAAUGCAGUAACAGUGCAGCGUGACAAAUUAAGGAGUAACAUUUUUGUGUAGGGGGCAUUAUAACACCCUUCUAAUGCACUUAUUAAACCCUACCAAGCCCAUAGUUAUGAAUUAAUGGGUUACUUUAUUAAAGAUUCAAUUUGUAAGAUUUUUAGUUUGAAACAUUCCACAAUGAACACAUUUAUGUGAACACACAAUGAAUUAUCAACACAAUGUGAAGGAAUAACAAUUUUGACAUCAUGUCAAAGAUGCCUGUCUAUUGUGUUACAGAGACAUUGGGUGUGUCCCAAUUCAGGGGCUGGAACCGUCAAAGGAUGCUGGCUACAAAUGCAUGUCGUUCGAAGGCUGCACAGACCUGAGAAGGCUGAGCUGAAAUGAGUUGGUCUGCUGUACGGCAAAUUUACGGCAAAUCACCGCUGUUCCUGCCCUUACCAUUGCAUCAUGAUAAGCCGUUCCUGUCAAGUUCUUAAAAGUCCUUUAAGGUCCUUUAAAGAUGGAGCCAGAAACUCUGAUUUUAGUAAUUAUUUUUCUUUUAUUAGAGCCGGAGAUGCUUCUCUCUGUCGACUAUUUGCUACCUAAAACAAGACAAAACGUGAGCAUGAGUUUGGCUUCAGACCCCAUCAGCUUUUUUUACAUUUGUAUCGUUAACUAUUCAACUCAGUUAAUACCCAAUUCUUACAUUCAAAGUAUCUCCUCAGCCAUCGUUCCCUCCUCUGCUGACGCUGCCACGUUCUUAGCUGUGUUCCAGUUCAGGGACUGCUUCCUUCCUUUGAAGGCCAUUUACGUCACAGGAGCACGACUAGGCUGUCCCAUUUCUCCGGCC